AUGAGUGCCCCUGUAAGCCAGCAGGCCAAUGCUCCCCUUGCUCCUGCUGCCGCUGCUGCAGUUUCCCCAGCUGCUGUAGUGAAGAAAUUCCCACCUGCUGAUGGGAGUGAUAACGCCAAAACUGUCUUACCCCUUCAUCCAAUUGCUACUUCUCAACCUUUCCAAGGAGGUAUAAGUCUUACAAUUUCCAAUGUAAAAUUACAUACAUCAGCUUUAUUGUUUUUCAAUAAAAGAGAAGCAGUUUUUCUCUUUUACUUUUUUUUGUUUAUUUGUUUGACUUUUUUCAAUCUUUUCUUUUUUGCUAUUUCCCUUCCAUUUUCUCUUUUCACUCUGUCAUUUUUUUCUCCAUUCUUCCCAUUUCUUUUCUCCUUCCUUCCCAUUUCUUUUCUCCUUUCUUCCCAUUUCUUUUCUCCUUUCUUUCCAUUUCUUUUUGCCCUUUCUUUCCAUUUCUUUUUUGCCCUUUCUUCCCAUUUCUUUUCUUCCUUCCCAAUUCUUUUCUCCUUUCCCUUUCUUCCAAUUCUUUUCUCCUUUCUUCCCAAUUCUUUUCUCCAUUCUUCCCAUUUCUUUUCUCCUUUCUUCCCAUUUUUUUUUUCUCCAUUUCUUUUCCCAUUUUCCCCAAUUCUUUUCUCCUUUCUUCCCAAUUUUUCUCCUUUCUUCCCAUUUCUUUUCCUCUUUCUUCCCAUUUCUUUUCCUCUUUCUUCCCAUUUCUUUUCCUCUUUCUUCCCAUUUCUUUUCUCCAUUCUUCCCAUCUACUUUCCUCUUUUUCUUUUUUCUUUCCUUUUUUAUUGA